AUGACGCGCCACGCCAUUCGCUGUGCUGUUUUUUCCACAGGAAACAAGAAGCUUGAAGAUCUGAGGAUUGUGUUUGUGGGAAAGACUGGAGUAGGAAAGAGUGCAGCAGCAAACACCAUCCUGGGGGCAGAGGAGUUUGAUUCAGAGGCCUCCUCUUCCUCUGUGACAGCAAAAUGUGAGAAGGCCAAAGGGAAAGUGGAUGGAAGAGAUGUGUCUGUGAUUGACACUCCAGGCCUGUUUGACACAGAGCUGACUAAUGAUAGGAUCAUAGAAGAGAUUACACAGUGCAUCUCCAUGUCCUCUCCGGGACCCCACGUGUUCCUUGUGGUGAUCCAGAUAGGCAGAUUUACACCAGAAGAGCAGGAGACGGUGGAAAUCAUUCAGGAGUCUUUUGGUGCUGAAUCAGCCAAAUACACCAUGGCACUGUUCACUCAUGGAGACAAACUGAAGAAAAAAACUAUUGAAGAAUUUCUGAGUAAAAAUCCAAAACUUGCGGAGUUCAUUGAUCAGUGCCGUGGUGGAUAUCAUGUCUUUAACAAUGAGGACACAAAUCCCUCUCAGGUCUUGGAGCUGCUGAAGAAGAUUGAUAAGAUGGUGACAAUCAAUGGAGGAGGCUACUUCACCAAUGAAAUGUACAAGAUGGCUGAAAAUGCAAUUGAAGGGAAGAAGAAGAAGAUUCUGGAAGAACAAGCAGAGGUCAGAAGACAGGAAGAAGAAGAACACAGGAGACAUUUGGAGGGAGAAGCCCUACUGAAUGCUUUGAAGGAGCUUCAGGAAAAAAUGGAGAGACAGGCUAGAGAACAGGCAGAGAGAUAUAAUGCUUUUAUUAAAGAAGUGGAAGUUAAACCAGGAAAGAAAUGCACUAUUCAGUAAAUACCCUGUAUUCUUUUUUUAACUGAUUGUUUCCAACCGGAUAAGUGUGCACUUAACACAUC